AUGCUGUGCUUUUGGGCGCGGCGACCGCGCGCAGGGAGGAGGGUGACUGGCCUGCGAUCCCGGCGUCGGCCAGGACGCCGCCAGCCAGCACGUGCACAGCGUGCACAGCGCGGUGGUCGUGGGCAUUGGCCGCCAGGGCAUUAUGACCCUGGAGCAGGGUCCAGAUGCAGGCCGGGUUUGAAGCGGACAGCGCUGGAAGCUGGGUGA